AUGGCGGUCUUGGUCCCGGGGCCCUUGCUCAGCCUGCUGCUCUCCCCACAGUCGGCCACACUGGACCUGAAGUCGAAGGAGGAGAAGGACGCGGAGCUGGACAAGCGCAUCGAGGCACUGCGCAAGAAGAAUGAGGCCCUCAUCAAGCGCUACCAGGAGAUCGAAGAGGACAGGAAGAAAGCAGAGCAGGAGGGAAUUGCGGUGACGGCCCUGCGCCGGGUGCGGCCCACUGAGGGCGAGCCUGAGCGGAAAUGGGUGGACAAGGAUCUCUCCAUCACUGUCCAGGUCAUGCUCUCCCCUGGGGAGAAGCGUGUUGUCAGCGACAAGAAGUCUCCUGGCGCCCCCAAGUCCAGCCGCAGCAGCGCUCCCCGUGGCUCAGGGCGUGCAGGCCUGCGUCCCUCCAGCCGGUCCCCGCGGGCAGAGCAUCCCAGUGACCCUGUCUGGGAAGGCGCCGGGGCCGGAGGAGGCAGCAUGUCCCUUGGGGAGCGCGGUGGACGUGGCCGCCGGGCGCGGGGCCGUGGGGUGGCCUGUCUAGCAAUGGGGGGAGACACCACCGGCCCUGACAGGAAGUCCAAGGAGUGGGAAGAACGGAGGCGCCAGAAUAUCGAGAAGAUGAAUGAGGAGAUGGAGAAGAUUGCAGAGUAUGAGCGAAACCAGCGGGAUGGGCUGCAUGAGAAGAACCCGGUGCGCAACUUCCUGGAUGACCCGCGGCGCAGCGGCCCCUUCCAGGAUGCUGACCGCAAGGAGGGGAGCAGGCGGCACAUUCGCAACUGGGGAGGGGCAGACUUUGACAAGGUCAAGACAGGCAUGGAGCGCGAGAAGGCCUGGCAGGGCCCUGGCCGCCGGUCUGGCCCGAAGGCUGGGGGGACGCUGGACAUGACGCUGUCCAUGACGGGCCGCGAGCGAGCGGAGUACGUGCGCUGGAAGAAGGAGCGGGAGCAGAUAGACCAGGAGCGCCUGGCACGUCACCGCAAACCCACGGGCCAGUGGCGCCGGGAAUGGGAUGCCGAGAAAACGGACACGAUGUUCAAGGAGGGCUCUGUGGCAGCACCAGGCCUGGAAGGGGGCAGCAGACAGGAUGAGAACAAGCGCCCUCCCAAGCUGCCCACCUUUGGGGAGUUCCUGUCCCCACAUCGCACAGAGCGGAGAAGAAAGGGACGGGGCCGUGGACGGAGCCAGGGAACAGGGGCCAAGCCUUACAGCAUGCAUGACAACCGCUGGGAGGAGAAGGAGAUGCUGGCAGCAGCAGAGAGAGUUGAAGGCCUGGGGCAGAAGCAGCUGGAUGAACCGGCAAGCGCAGCCUUCGCAGAGCCUCAGCCCUCCCUGAACCCUGAGGAAGAUGAGGACCAGUGGGAGGAUGUCAGCGAGGAGGAGGAAGAGGAAGACAGCCCUGGGUCAUCGGGCGAGGAUGAAGCACCCCCCAGUGCAUCCCCCAAAGCCCAGCGUCCCCCAAAGGCUGGGCAAGCCACAGCUCCCAAGCUGCACAUUCCCCCUGCGGCGCCCGCCCCCAGUGGGGGGGCAAGCAAGCCUCUGAGCCCCUUCUCCCCUGUGGGAGGACACAAGCCUGUCUCGGACUGGGGCGAGGAGAUGGACCUGGCCUCUCCGCGCAGCAGCCUGGGAGACAGCCCCUUGCCAGGCCCCUCUGCCCUCUCAGCCCAGUCGAGAGGGGUAUCUGGAGAGACUGCAGGGCUGAGCCCCGUGGAGCUGGCUGAGGCCCCCCGACGGGAGCAGAGCCCUGCAGAACCCUUGCAGCAGGAGGAAGCAAGGCCAACCACAGAGCAGGAGGCCUUGGGAGAUUUGGAGAAGCUGGAAGAGGUGGCCAGGAGCCCCCCAACUGCCCCAGCGGAUGAGACGCAAGGGCCCCAGGCUUUGCCCCACAAGCCAGACUCAGAGGCUGCUCCUGGCACAGUGGAAAUCACAGGCUUUGAGCGGGUGCGUUUCCGUAAGAACUCGCCCUCUCCGGCUGGCCACUAACGGGACUGACUCCUGCACCCUCUGGGCUUUGUGCUUUGUCUUGUCUGUCUGUCCUUCCCACUUCUGGGUGGCACUUGCUGGCUCUGAUGCUCAUGCUGCAGACUGACUCGCCUGCCUCCUGUGCUCGCGUGGGCCUACGAUCACCCUGGAGCUGCAAUGCUUGCUCCCGGGAUCUCUGUGCAAUGGGAACAGGCUGCAUGGAGUCUGCUGGGGCUCUGAGCU